GGCCGCUACUUUAUUGACAGAGAUGGCCAACUCUUCCGCUUUAUUAUAGACUAUUUGCGGACCCGAAAGAUAGUAUUGCCCGAAGUGUUCGCCGAGAAGGAGCGCCUCCGCACGGAAGCCGAAUAUUAUAAACUCGCGGACUUAGUCUCACAGCUGUCGACAAACAAACGGCUAUCACUGACCCCAAUCUCGUCGACGGCGACUCCGCCGCCGGUGUCUCCGAGCUAUGGCGCCAACGGAUUCAUAACCGUCGGAUACCGCGGAUCCUUUGCCUUCGGACGCGACGGACUCUCAGACAUAAAGUUCCGUAAACUGACGCGAAUACUAGUGUCCGGCAAAGUGUUACUCUGUCGGGAAGUGUUUGGCGAGAAUCUGAAUGAGUCCCGAGACCCGGACCACGGGAAUCUGAAUGAGUCCCGAGACCCGGACCACGGGGUGGACGACCGCUACACCGCCCGCUAUUUCCUGAAGCACUUGUCGCUCGAGUGGGCGUUUGACAACUUACAGGAGGCGGGCUUUCGAUGUGUGGGCACAUGUGGUUCGGGCACUUCGUGCGGAACCGGCGAACCAUUGAAGCCAGGAAUCGAUUCCGAAGAGAACCGAUGGAACCAUUAUAACGAAUUUGUCUUCUGUCGGCCUUAA